CCAGCUACUCAGGAAGCUAAAACGGGAUUGCUUGAGCCCAGGAAGUCAAGGGUAGAGUAAGCCGUGAUUACACCUCAGCGUCUCUGCCCUGUAGAGAUGGCUUCCUGCCUCUUUCACCUGUGAGGACCAGCAUCUCAGCAUGGGCUGGUGGCUGUCUUGGACCACACUGGCCCCAAAUCCCAGGCCUCCCUUGCAUUCCAGCCUGAAUGACUGGAGUGAGACCCUGUCUCGAGAAAAAAAAAAAAAACGAAAAACGGAGGAGCUCCCAGGGAGCUGACAGCCAUGAAGGGCCUUGCCUCCCUGCCCCACUUCCCAGGGUGCAAUGUGGGUGGGGGAGGGAGCUGGGGAGUCCUCCAGGCUCUGUUGAGCCCUUCCCCCAGUGUGAUGUCCAGCCUGUCCUGAAGUCGCACAGGGCCAGACACCUGGGCUGCCACUUCCCUUCUGGAAACAGUCCUCCUUGCCUUAGGGGGUCGACAGCUCCAGGCUGUUUCCUUCCCCUGAGAAUUUGAAGUUAGAGCUAAUUGGUUGGCUCAAAAAUAAAAAUAAAGAAAGAAAGAAAAUAAAGAAAAAAUGAAAAAGAAAAAGGGCGUGCAAGUGCAAUUGUGCAGGCUGCAAAGGAGGGGCGCAUCCCAGGGCUCCGUCUCCAUGGGAACUACUGGCACAGGCUGGCUCCUCUGGGCUCCAAAAAGGGAAACUUGGCAAAGGUUUCAGGCACCUGGCUCCUGGGUGGUUUCCCUGGGGAGCAAGCAAAUGCCCAGGAGCUGCCAGCCCAAGGGACAGGACAGAGUCCCCACCCCCAGGGAUGCCUCGGCCCCUCGCCCCCGUUCUCCACCCUCACAGCCCAGGAGAUCUGGUCAGGUCGUCAGCGGCCCUGGAUGCAUCCGGACCUGGCAGCUGGGAGGGGACCCAGCACAGCUGGAGAGCAAGAGCAGCUCAUGCUUUGGGAAGAUGCCCACGCUUAGAGUCGGGUGAACGGAGGUAGUUAAUAGGAGGUGGUUAAUGACAGAUGAAAGAGGCGAAAGAACCCCUGAGUGUCACUCUGCUGAUGAGGCCCUGGUGGCUGUCACUGUUUCUGGGUUUCGAGCCGAAGACCAGCACCUUGCAGACCAGCACCUCAGGUCAGGACCCUGAGGGAGGACACUUCAGAUGCCGGGAGCAGUGGCUCCAUGCUGUCCUGGAGGCCUUUUGGGCUGAGAUCAUGAUAAGGCAAGGCCAAGAACUUUCUAUCUGGAGGGACAGACACUCUAAACAAACUUCUCCAAGCUGCAUUUUCAGAUCUACCAAGGAGAUGUGUAAGAACAGAGUAGCCCAGGCUUCUCUGCAUCAAACAAUCCAGCCCCUGGGCAGGCAGCUGGUGGGAACCUCCCCAGGUGAUUCCGGUGUGCAGCAGCUGAGAGUGGAGGAGACAAAGGCGUCGGAUGGCAGCCUCCUGGGGGAUCCCGGGCACACACCACUUAGCAAGAAGGAGGGUGUCAAGUGGCAGAGGCCAAGGCUCAGCCGCCAGGCCUUGAUGAGAUGCUGCCUGAUCAAGUGGAUCCUGUCCAGCACAGCCCCACAGGGCUCAGAUAGCAGCGACAGUGAGCUAGAGCUGUCCACGGUGCGCCACCAGCCAGAGGGGCUGGACCAACUGCAGGCCCAGACCAAGUUCACCAAGAAGGAGCUGCAGUCCCUCUACAGGGGCUUCAAGAACGAGUGUCCCACGGGCCUGGUGGAUGAAGACACCUUCAAACUCAUUUACUCACAGUUCUUCCCUCAGGGAGAUGCCACCACCUAUGCACACUUCCUCUUCAACGCCUUUGACGCCGACGGGAACGGGGCCAUCCACUUUGAGGACUUUGUGGUUGGCCUCUCCAUCCUGCUUCGGGGCACAGUCCACGAGAAGCUCAAGUGGGCCUUUAAUCUCUACGACAUUAACAAGGAUGGCUACAUCACCAAAGAGGAGAUGCUGGCCAUCAUGAAGUCCAUCUAUGACAUGAUGGGCCGACACACCUACCCCAUUCUGCGGGAGGAUGCGCCAGCAGAGCAUGUGGAGAGGUUCUUCCAGAAAAUGGACCGGAACAAGGACGGGGUGGUGACCAUUGAAGAAUUCCUGGAGACCUGUCAGAAGGAUGAGAACAUCAUGAGCUCCAUGCAGCUGUUUGAGAAUGUCAUCUAGGACAUGUCAGGAUGGGUGCAUGGUCAUGGCCACCUCCAGCCCCAAGAAACCUCCGUCCUGCCAGGAGCAGCCUCUGAGAAACUUUUAAAAAAUAGAUUUGCAAAAAGUGAACAGAUUACUACACACACACACACACACACACACACACACACACACACACACAGAGCCAUUCAUCUGGGCUGGCAGAGGGGGACGGAGGUCAGGGAGGGUCUAAGUCUGGAGCCCUUCCUGGAGUCCGAGUCCUUCCGAGACCAGCGAGCCAAGACUGUCUCUUGGUUAGUGGCUGACAGAGCAGGUCUGCAGGUCACCAGCCGCUGGAUGUCACCAGGAAGGGACUCAAGCACCCCUGCAGGGGAGAGCCCCAUCUCCAGUGUGAGCCCAUCUCGCCCCAUUCUCCACUCUGCUUUCUUGCCAGCUCCGGGCCCCCCAGCCUCCUCCCCACAGCCACUCCCUGCCCACAACGUACGCUUCUAGAAAGCCCCUCACCUCAGGACCCUGGAGGGGCCGGCUGAGGGGCAGGAGAGACGGGGGUAAUGGAGGCCAAGCCUGCGGCUUUCUGGAAAUGCUUUCUUGGGGGCAGGCUACCCACUCUGGGGCAAGCUUGGGUGGUGAGGGGCCAUUGGGCCCCAUUCUCUCUCCGUUGCAGGAAGGCAGGGGUUUGAAGCUUGGGGAUUGGGUCUUAGUGGAGAAUCUGAGGGCACUCGGCCCGCUCCACAGGGUGGGAUGAACCUCUCCUUGCCCCAGUCCUGGUUCAGUGGGAAUGUGGUGGGUGGGGCUGUACACACUCGCCAGCACAAACUUCCCUCCAACGUCCUCUUAGGUCCCGGGAGGAGGCACGUGGUUCAGGGACUGGCUGCCAGGGAGCCCAGGGCAGAGCUCAGAGGGGCCUGGAAAGGGGCACCUCCCUCCUCUUCCUGCAGCACCCCUCCCAUGGCCCAGUGGCUUGGCUGAGCCCCACUCCUGAAGCAGUGCCACCGUCCCUCUGCCCAGGCUUGCCCCAGCCUUGCACAAAAAGCACAAGCACCCUUAACAGCUCAGGCAAAGCCCCGGUGGGAGCCAAGCACACUGCUUCUCAGAGUCAGGCUUUCCUGCUGGCUGAGGCUUGGGCCCAGUAGCCUCAAUACAGUGACCCUGGGGAGGAUGCCUGGGGGGUCUGCCCUGUGCCUGAGAGCACUGGGGCCCCAAAGCCCAGCCCUAGCCCAGCCUGGCCGACCAACAUUCAAAAGCACAAAGUUUCGGGACUCUGCUUGGCUGUCCCCUCCAUCUGGGGACAGAAGAUGCCAGCCCAAAGCUGGAGCCAAUGGUAAGGGCUGAGGAGCCUGCAGCCGGGGGAUCAGCAGGAGCCCUCCUGCUCCCUCCUGCUGGGGCCUCAAGGAGAAGGAACCUGGUCCCAGGCGGCACAGCCCCUCCAGGAACAUUCCCACAUAAUACAUUCCAUCGGCAGCCAUCCCAGCUCCACUCAGGCCUGGCCCCAGGUGCCCCAGGAGGCUAGCCCCAGAGUGAGCAGACCCUCAGAGGAAAGGUGGUAUGGUGGAGGCUGUGGGAGCCCCUCGGCAUUCACGCACAGCCUGGCCUCCCCCAUGGAGCUGCACUGACGCCGGGCUCCAGGCCCACUGGGAGCCUCUGCCUCCAGGAGGGCAUCAGCUUUCCCUGGCUCAGGGAUCUCCUCCUUCCCCUCACCCCUUGCCCAGCCCUCCCAGCUUCUAGGGCCAAAGCCUUAGGAGAGUGUCACCACCACUGGCUGCACGGCCCAACAAGGAGGAGCUUCCCACACUGGGACACAGACCAGCCGCAUGUCUGCAUGGCAGAAGCGUCUCCCUUGGCCAUGGCCUGGGAGGGUGGUUCCUGUUCUCAGCAUCCACUAAUAUUCAGUCCUGUAUAUUUUAAUAAAAUAAACUUGACAAAGGAAA